CCGUAUCAGUUUCAUCUCUCCCUCCAAACUCACUCUCCAACAGAGGAAAAUCGAGAUUCGAGAGGGCGUUUAAUUCUUUUUUCUAAACAAAAAGAAUUAUUAAGGAGAAUAAAAAUGCCAGCUGAAGUAGCAAAGGACGCUGCAGAGUCCCGGCUGUACGCCAACGGCGAUCUGAAUUCCAAAAACCCUAGCAAUACUGCCGCCAAGAAAUCGCGGGAAAACGAGCGGCGGAGAAGACGCCGGAAGCAGAAAAAGAACAAUAAGGCAUUACAGGCCUCAGCCGCCGGAGAUGACAGCGACACGGCAGCAGAGGAUGGAAUCGCCGAUGACAGCUCCAAAGAGAACUCCGAUCCGCAGAAGGUAUUACUCCAAUUUCUUGACGUUAAUUUUAGGGUCGUGAAAUCGUUAAGCAAUUACUUGAGUGGAAUAUGGACGUGGAAUGUUAUUUUCCAAUUUUUGAUACCUUCAUCUGAUAAUCAGAAAACAGAAUCUUCUGUUGGUGAAAAAUGGAAACUUGAGUUGCUAAUCUUGGAUAUUCGUUGUCCUUCUCAGUAUCUUUUAGCUUACAUUGAAAAGGAGGAUAGCAAGAAGCUGAAACAAAAGCAACGUGAAAAGAUGCAGCCGAAAAUGGGAAAAAUGGAUAUUGACUAUCAGGUCCUCCAUGAUGCCUUCUUCAAGCAUCAGACUAAACCGAAACUGACGGCACAUGGUGAUUUGUAUUAUGAAGGGAAGGAAUUUGAGGUAAAACUUCGAGAAAUGAAGCCAGGAAUGUUGUCGCAGGAACUAAAAGAGGCUCUUGGCAUGCCCGAUGGUGCUCCUCCUCCUUGGCUGAUCAAUAUGCAGAGAUAUGGUCCUCCACCUUCUUACCCAAGUCUGAAAAUUCCGGGGCUUAAUGCUCCUAUUCCUCCUGGAGCUAAAUUUGGCUAUGGGCACGGAGACUGGGGCAAACCACCUGUUGAUGAAUAUGGACGGCCCUUGUAUGGAGAUGUUUUUGGCGUUUUGCAACAAGACCAGCCCAAUUAUGAGGAGGAACCUGUUGAUAAGACUAAGCAUUGGGGUGAUUUGGAGGAGGAGGAAGAAGAAGAAGAGGAGGAUGAGGAAGAGGAAGAACAGAUCGAGGAAGAGGAACUAGAAGAUGGCAUUCAAUCCGUCGAUAGCCUUUCAAGCACUCCUACUGGGGUUGAAACCCCUGAUGUUAUUGACCUUCGGAAGCAACAGAGGAAGGAACCUGAGAAGCCUCUCUAUCAAGUCCUGGAGGAAAAAGAAGAGAAGAUAGCACCGGGAACGUUGCUGGGCACAAGUCACACGUAUUUGAUCAACACUGGCACACAGGACAAGACCGGUGCUAAAAGGGUUGAUUUGCUUAGGGGUCAGAAAUCAGACAGAGUUGAUGUCACACUAGCACCAGAAGAGUUGGAACUGAUGGACAAUGUUUUGCCUGCCAAGUACGAGGAAGCCCGAGAAGAAGAAAAGUUGCGAACUCAGAAGGAAGAUUUCAGUGACAUGGUUGCUGAGAAUGAGAAGAAAAGGAAAAGAAAGAUGCAGGAAAAAGAGGGCAAAUCUAAGAAGAAGGAUUUCAAGUUUUGAGUUGUCUCUUGCAACUUCUGAAGAUGGUAAGCCAAGGGCUUUUAAGUUGUGGUAAUGCUUAUUGUUCUGCAAUCUGUACGGUUGUUGCUUUACUGCACUGUGAUAAAUCGUGUAUGUUGUGGUGGUGGUACCUUUGAUUAGUCUACUGUAAUCACUUCCCCUUCAUGGCUUGAUAACCUUUGCACUCCUGUGCUUUUGACUACAAGGAUACUGUAUAAACUAUAAUAUGAUCGGGUAUUGCACUUCAGUUAGUAGUGAGUUCGGUUCUA